AUGUAUCCCCCAACGCUACUUUCCCUAUCUCUUCUCACAACCUCCGCGAUCGCAAUCCCUUUCGUACCACACGUCCCCUCCGAAACACUACUUACCAAUUCGAAAUCCGGCUACACAGACAGCGACAGAGUCCUGGGUUCUCUGAUCAUCGAAUCCGCGAAGGAAACAAGUAAUCUGAAUACCUGUCCGCCUUCGCAUCCGUCCAAACAAUGCUGUAUGUCAAUUACAGCGCUGGCGAACGAUGUCACGUCUGAGAUCGGGGAGGUUGUGCCCUUAUUGGGUGAUGUUAAGGUGUCGUCGUUGGUUAGCUUGGAGUGUCGACCGAUGGAUGCCGAUGGAGAUAAUGCUGCUUGCUUGAACGAUGUGAUGUGUUGUACUGGAACCGGAGGGACUAAAUCAUCACUCAUGAAAACCUGCAAAUCAUGGGACGAAUCUCUCGAGUCUAAGAAAAAGGCCAUGGAUAAGAGUAUCAAUGCGCAGCUGGAACAGAUGAUGAGCAAGAACGGGACGAAUAGCUCUGCGUCUCGUGUCGCUGCGUCGAGUACCCCGAAGCCAAAGCCGGUUCCUGUCGCUGAGAAGGUGGCUAAGGUGCAUGGGUCUGUGUCUGCUGGUGUUGCGUCUUCGUCUGCGGCUGCGUCUGCUUCUCCUGUCUCUGCCUCCGCGGCUACGUUGCCAUCAGAGUCUGGGUCCGAAGUCACCUCGACAUCUUCUGUUUCUGCCCCUACUUCUAGCCUUACCUCUACGUCUGCACCAUCGGUAUCAACUACCCUUACUACAAGUGUGUCGACAUCAUCGGACCCACCAACUUUAUCUUCGAGCUCUGAGUCCUCGACUAUAUCCGCGUCUGUAUCUGCAUCUGCACCGACAGCUAUGUCCACGUCGACGACUUUGUCUACAGCUUUAUUGCCAUCAUCGGAAACAUCCGAGUCGUCCGAGGCUACGUCUACUUCUACUUCUAUGUCUGCUACCACUUCAAUUGCACCGACUGAAAAAGUAGCCAAGGAAGGAAAGGUCAAGGUUGCUACUACGACAGCUCCAUCUGAGUCAACCACAGUUUUAGCCCCGGCGUCGCUUUCUACAACUGUCUCUGAGAAUCAGGAGAAGAAGCAAACGACUAGAGAACUGAGUGCUACUUCUGCCUCAUCAACUACAGCUAUGGAUACGGCUACGGCUACAGCUACAACGGUGCCUGAGAAGCAGGAAGAGAAGCCAGAUGGAAAACCAGAGAAGCCCGACGACAAGCCCGAAGAGGAGAAAGCUGAAGACAAGCCAGAGGACAAGCCUGAAGAAAAACAUGAAGAGAAGCUGGAGGGAAAGCAGGAGCAGAAGCCGACGGAAGAACAGAAAGAGGAGCAGAAGCAAACGACUGAAGAAUCCAGCGCCACUUCUACCUCAUCUCCAACUACAGCUACGGCAGCUACGACGACUAAGGUAGCUACAACACCUACAACAGUAUCCCGAAGACCAAAGACCAACACUGAAGUGUCUAAUACGUCUGCUUCAACCGAUACCUCGAAUACAGCUCCUGUCACGGGCACGGCCACGACUACAGGCAGUUAA